AUUCCACCAACCUAUCUUCGUCAGUGCCUGCGGCCUUCCUAUAUAGAGCCUGCCGUGCCGCAGCUUGGCACCAGCACCUAGCUAACCGGAGCAGCCAGCGGCCGGAGCCCGAACAGAGCAAGGCGGCGCCGAAGCGCGCGCCGACGAGAAGCACGGCGGCUCUGUUAACGGGAGCUCGCACCCGAUCCCAAGAGCUCGUACCUCUCGAUCGCCAUGGAUGCGGGGGACGCCAUGGAGAGGGGCGAGCGCGCGUCGUCACUCCGGCCCAAGCUUCUCGCUCUCCCAUCAAAACUCAGAGACUUCAGACGCUCGCCCUCCCUGUCCCUGGGCACUCCGCGCCACCUGACACCCCGCACGCCGGAGCGGCAACUAUCCCUUGGAGCGAGGAGCACACCGUACGGGCGGACACCCCGCACGCCGGCUGGGCUGCGAUGGAUUGGAGCGACGAGCCCGGGACCAGGAGACACGGAAAAGGGGCACGGUCCAGAGACUCAGGACGAUAGCUUGCAAGUGCCGCUCCUGAGUGAUGAAAAAUGCGUUGGCAGCAAAGCGCCAUUGGUUGUUCUCGGGUUCGAGUGCUUGGACAGCAUAGCGUUCAAUGGCAUCUCGACGAACUUGGUGAUGUACCUGGAGACCGUCCUCCACGGCAGCAACGUGGCCAGCGCCUCCAACGUCACGAUGUGGUUCGGCACCAGCUUCCUGACACCGAUCUUCGGCGCCAUCAUCGCCGACGCCUUCUGGGGCAACUACAUCACCAUCCUCGUCUCCCUCACCAUCUACGUUCUUGGGAUGAUCCUGGUGACCACCUCCGCAUUCCUGCCCACUGCCACGGUGCUCGGCGGCGGCUCUGUGUUUGGCGCGCACACCGUAGCGUUCGUGGGGCUGUACCUCGUCGCGAUCGGAAGCGGCGGGGUGCGGGCAUCACUGCUGCCAUUCGGCGCGGAGCAGUUCGACGACGACAAUGCGGUGGACCGUGAGAGCAAGUUGUCCUUCUUCAGCUGGUUCUACCUCUGCGUCGACUUCGGCCCGAUCGUCUCUGGCCUGUUCAUCGUGUGGAUCCAGGAGAAAGUCAGCUGGGGCCUCGGCUUCGGCAUCUCCACCGCCUGCAUCGCGCUCGCCUUCGGCGCCUUCGUGCUCGCCACGCCCAUGUUCAAGCGCCCCAUGUCCACCGGCAAGGUGUCCGCCGACGCUGGCAUGCUCGACGAAGUCAGUGAUAAGGUGGACAUCAUCUCCGAGUCGGGCUUUAAGGAUAUAGCGGAGGAGGCGGGUUCGUCGUGGAAUCUUCGAGCCAUGAUGCAGGGGGAGGAGCUCAAGAUCCUGCUGCGCCUACUGCCCAUCUGGGUGACCGCCGUCAUCCUCUCCUCGGCGUACACGCAGAUGAACACCACCUUCAUCCAGCAGGGCAACGCCAUGAACCUGUCCGUCCUGUCAGUGAAGGUGCCAGCGGCGACGAUGGGCUCGUUCGAGGUGGUCUGCGUCCUGACAUGGGUGCUGCUCUACGGCAAGGCGAUCGUGCCGGCGCUGAGGGGAUGCGGAUUCUCGUUUGGCGGCCACGGCGAGCCGUCGCAGCUGCAGCGCAUGGGCGUCGGUCGGAUCCUUAUGGCUCUGUCGAUGGCCGUUGCGGCGCUCGUGGAGAUGAAGCGGCUCGCCAGCGCGGCGCGCGGCGAGGAGAUCACCAUCGCGUGGCAGAUCCCCCAGUACUUCUUCCUGGCCGGCGCGGAGGUGUUCUGCUACAUCGCGCAACUGGAGUUCUUCUACGCCGAGGCGCCGGACACCAUGAAGAGCACGUGCACGUCGCUGGCGCUGCUCACCAUCGCGCUGGGCAGCUACCUGAGCUCGUUCAUCUACGCCAUCGUGGCGGCAUUCACGGCCACAGCGGGCAGCCCAGGGUGGAUCUCCGACAACCUCAACCAGGGACACCUCGACUACUUCUUCUGGGCCAUGGCAGCCAUGUGCACGCUCAACUUCGUCGUGUACAGCGUCUUCGCCAAAUACUACAAGCCCAAGAAUCAAGACUCUGCUCUCAUAGUCUCAUGAGUCAUGAUUAGCAGCUUCUCGUCUUGUCCACUGCAUUGUUGCGCAUUUGCCAAGUUGUGUGAUAUGUGAAGGGUAAUCAGCAAGUUGUGGCUCGACGGCUGGUACUUCUAUCCAUAAGAAAUGUACAGAGCACAGGUACUGUAGGAAGAAAACACAGGAUUUUUCCCUUUUGUGUUUUCCGGUUUUGAAAGAAGGAAAAUGUUUUUUUUUUCUAAAAGAAUGCGAACUUUUGUCACUUCUGUUCUGUCUCAUACAGUUGAAAAGAUUACAUGGCAUCAAUGUCAA